AUGUUCCCGAUACUGGAUCGAGAGAAGACCCAAGAGCAAUAUGCUUGCCUCUGGACCGGUGAAUGCGAGCCGUCAGAGCAGACACCGUUCUUGUGCCUUGUGAAUGCCAUCUUUGCACUUUCAAGCCAGCUAAAUCCAGCAGUAUCUCCGCACGAGAGGAGUCGUCUAGCAACCCAAUACUAUUCGCGGGCCAUGGACCAGCUGGAUAUUUGGGGGAUGGCAUCACUGCAUACAGUGCAGUCCCUUGUUCUACUGGCAAUGUACUGCCAAAGUAGCAAUGAAACACAUCAAUGCUGGAUUCUCGCCGGGAUGUCGAUCCGUGUCUCACAGGCGCUUGGGUUGCAUCUUCCAGGAGCCAGUGAACGAGUACGAGAUGCUCGCACAAGAGAGCUUCUUCGCAGAGUCUGGCAUGGGUGCGUGCAAUUGGACCGCACUGUCAGCAUGACCUAUGGACGACCUUGCGCUGCCGGCGAGCGGAUGGCCGUUGCAGUACCUCUACCCUCAUAUGAGCCUGACGAUGAGCUUGGAGCUGGGUCCGCUAUGACUUUGCAGCACUUCAACCUCUUCACAAGGCUAUUUCGUAACUUGCACGAGGUUCUGUACUCGCUUGGUGCCCCGGGUGUGAUUCAAGUGCAGUCUCUGGACGAAUUGUAUGACCGCUACUUCAGACAUUGCCCAACGGAUCCGAACAAACCAUCAGUGAUUGACAUUGAAGGCGGCUUGCAGCGAUGGCACGACGGCAUCCCUAUAGGUUUGAGAGCCAACCAGUAUCAAUCGACAUCUGAGAUGUCUACGCUGCGUCGACAAGCUGUCAUAUUGGAGCAGAACUACCUUCACGUUCGACUCUUGCUACUUCGACCUUUCCUGUCCGCAAUCAUUGCUCUUGAUCCACAUGAGCACUCCAGUGGUACAGCUCCACUCUCAGUCGCAAUCUCAUUGCAGUGUGCGGUAACCUGCGUCAGGGUCGCUCAAGAUAGCAUCGGACUCAUCAAUCGGCACCGACCGCAGGAUGUAAGAAGUACUGGAAGCACAGCAACCUGGUGGUUCAACGUCCUAUUCAUCUACACAGCGGCCACAGUCUUGAAUGCUUCCUUGCUCAGUCCGCCGAUUAUCGGCGAGUUAUCCGAGGCAUCCAUUCUGGAGUCCUGGCAGCUUGCGCUUGCCAUGCUGGAAGAGUAUACUGUGUUCGGCGAGCACAUCAAGCGGCUUGUCAUGACAUUGCGAGUCCUUUUUGACGCCGUUCCCAAGCAGUACUCGCAGCAUCGGCGACUCAGAACUCAGCGAGAACAAGGUUCGAACUCCCGCCCAAAUCAACCAACUCACGCCUCGGGUUCAGACGCUGGAGUCCAGCAGGUUGGGCUUCAAGAUCAGGUGUCGGGUGUUCAGCCCACGACUUCAAUAUCGAUGCCAUUCUUGGCUCCUUGGGUAGAGCAAGCCUUCGACUGGACUCAACAAACAGAUAGCCUGUGGGACAUGGGAUUUGAUCCCCUAGAUCUGGCAUGGCUUACCAGCUUGCCGACAGAUCUUGCAAUGUGA